CACUGAAGCGCUGGAGGGAAGGCACACACAAGGCAGCAACGUGUGUUUGUUAUUUUCUCUCAUUCCCAGUCAGACAGGGAGAGGAGAGGUAGUACGCGUCCAGGUCUUUUUUCUCAGCCUGUCUCACCCUCUCUGAGCUGCAGCAUGGUCCCUUACAGUCCAGAUGUGAACAGAUAACUGUGAAGCCUCCCGUCUGCCUGCCUGCCUGCCUGCCUCCCUGCCUGUUUGUCUAUCCACCUGCCCUUCCUUGGAAACGAUGGGCUCCUGCAUCUCUAAAGAUCUCCACGGCGCCCCCCAACCAACAUCAGCCGAACUGCAGCAGCAGCAGCAGCAGCCUGGCACUGAGGACCAGGCCGUUUCAAAGGAGCAGACAGGAUUUUGCUGGGUCCCCUUAAAGAAAUGCUUCAAGCCUGCCGUGAACGGGAUUGGGCAGGAGAAGAAGCAGACCCCCGACGGAUUUGAAAUCGCAGAGUUGGCGACAUCAUCCCUGCUGGGUCUGGUGGCGACUAUCAAAGAGCGCAUCACCAAGCCGACGGCAAUGGCGCAGGGCCGCGUGGCCCACCUGAUUGAGUGGAAGGGCUGGAACAGCAAGCAGCAGGGCUGGGGGGCAGCGCCCCUUCAGGACGAGGAGCAGUACAGUGACCUGACGGACGAGCUCAAAGAGGCGCGUUUCGCCGCAGGCGUUGCUGAGCAGUUUGCCAUCGCCGAGGCGACCAUGAGUGCCUGGUCAUCGAUGGACGGUGAAGUCGAGCAAGAUGGAAAGCUCACCCAGGAUUCUGCUCUCUUUCCAGGUCUCGAUGCGGAGGGGGUCUAUCUCCAGCAACUGAGAAUGAAUGGCACCCAGAGGCUUUAUAGUAUCAAUCUGGACGGGGGUGAUGAGACAAGCCUGUACACCCAGGAACCCUCCCCGUCAGUCCCCUCCCUGCAGACCCAAUCUAUCAGGGACAUGCUCACAGGCAACCUGGAGAGACAGGGCCCCCUGCUGGUGGGGAGGAGCUCUGUCACAGGGCACCAUCCCCGAAGGAGCAGCUCCAUUCGACAUGCUGACAGCAGCUCCAUCUCCGAAGAUGAAGUCUUUUACAACUAGUCUAGAGGCUACGUCAAACCCAGCUGGAACAGCCUCAACUGUCUGUGAACUGGGCUCCAACCAAACACCCAGCACGGUCCUCAAGUCAUAUUAGAAACACUUUAGAAAUAGAAAUAAAUGAGAAAUCUUCUCGACCGUUUACACAAAGACAAAAAUAUCCUAUUUUUUUCUGUUUUUAUAUUCCCUAACCCUAACCUUAAGAAAUUAUUAUUUAACACUUAUUUAUGGGAAGACGAGAAAAUUGUAGAUCAUUAUCCGAAAUAAAUGGAAAACUGAUAUUGUUAUUUAAAAUGAAGAAAUAUCUAACAACCAUGGCAGAAUAUCGGAUAAUAUUGUUUGUUGCUCACAGCUGCAUCCGCCUUGACAGCAAGCCAGGGCCAGCAAAUUAACCCUUUAAACAUUCUUGUCCAUUCUUCACUGAUUUUAAAACCUCUAAUGACAGCAAUUAUGUAGCAAAAUAUCCUUUAAAACUGUGCUUGCAGAUCAAAUGGUCUAUCAAUUUAAUCUGGGGGGUGGCGUAUGUAACUGAAGGCGCCAAAACACGUUCUGUUCAGUCCGGGUGUUGGUAACUGGCUCCCAGACUUACCACAUUACUGCUGGGGGUUGGUCAACUGUGGAAAGUUGACGUUGUUUCUGGCAUUGACGAUAUGGCUUGCAACAAUCCAUUCGCUGUUUAUCGCCAAAGAAUCUGAUAGUGACCAAUCACAACAUCAGUAUGAAAGAGGUGUUCAGUGAACAGCCAAUCAGAGGGUCCCAGGAUGAAGGAGUUUUUAUCAUGACUGUUGACGACCAUUUUCGAAUGGGGGAAUACUGUUGCAGAGAGUUACGGCUGCAGAGUGUAUUGGAACAGAAACAUACAUUGGCAUGAAAUGUAUAGCCUGGGAAGACCCAAACUGACCAUACACGCUAAUUCCUUAUCCACCUUGUAUGACCCACGGUCCAUGAAAUAUGUCUAACUGCGAACAAAAACUGGAGUUUUUGGAUUCAAGCUAUUUGUACUUUUACAAAUAUUAGUGUGCCUAUUUGUCUUAGAGCGUCACCAGCAGCUUCCAAAGAGGAGGAGCCUUAGAACAAUGGAAACAAACUUGUUUGUCAACACAGCCUGCUAAUGUACCGCUCAGAGGUCUAAACUAUGGAAUAACAUAAUAAUUAGAUACCAGCGAUGUCUAUUGAAGGGUAAAAUUGAAUAUGAUUGUAGGGGCACUGAUGUUUCAAAUCCUAAUUGUAUGACUUGUAAUAUGUUUAUGCUGGCCGCCCACCUCUAAUCACAUUGAGGGUGGGUCCACAUUUAAAUGUAAAAGCUAACUCCCAUGGCCGAGUCGGAUAAAAAGUCCACUUUUCUGUCUGUGUUUACCUUGUAAAUGUUUACCGUUAAAUGAAGAUGUAAAGCAGCCCUCCUACAAUGUGCAGCAGUAUGUCUGUGAUUUGUAAUGUUGUGUUAUUUUUUAAU